AACUUUUAACGGUACUGGUUUUUAAGUUUUAUUAUUACAUUUAUACAAAUAAGUUUAAUUUAUGGAGCUGCAAGAUCUUAAUAGUUUUCCAGUAUUAAUGUAAUUUUCGUGCAAAUUCAUGGAAGCAGCUUAUCGAGAAUUUAAAUCAUUGGUACUCUUUCAAUAGCUUACUGAAGACAUGGAUUCCGUUCAAGUUGCCAUACGUGUCAGGCCCUUAGUGCCUCAUGAGUUGGAGAGUGGAUGUAGAUCUUGUGUGGAAGUCAUUCCUGAGGCACAGCAAAUCGUAACCAAAAUGAGGAAUGACAAGUUUACUUUCAACUACGUGUUCGACAGCAGCACACCACAAAUUGACAUAUAUGAAACAGCUGUUCAGAACCUAGUAAAUCAGCUUUUCAAAGGCUAUAAUGUCACAGUACUGGCAUACGGUCAAACUGGCUCCGGUAAGACUUACAGCAUGGGGACAUGUCCCUCUGCUAACCCUGCAGAUCAGGGCAUUAUUCAGAGAGCUAUCAACGACAUGUUUGUUAAAAUAGAAAAUGAUGACGACUGGAUGUUCAAUGUUAGCGUCUCUUUCCUCGAGCUGUACAAUGAACAGCUGAUUGAUUUGCUGAGCGAGAACAAGAACAGCACAGUAGAUCUGCGUGAAAGCAAUCGAGGAAUCAUAAUUCCUGGACUGACACAAAAAACAGCUUUAACUGCAGCUGAUGUCCUCCAAUGUCUACAGCAGGGCUCAGAAAACAGAACCACGGGAGCAACUGCAAUGAAUGCCCAGUCUUCAAGAAGUCAUGCAAUAUUUACCAUCUACAUUCGCCAGACAAAAAGAUCUGAUGAAGAUGACGCAAUGUCUGCCAAAUUCCAUCUGGUAGAUCUCGCUGGAUCAGAACGGUCCAAGAAAACCAGAGCUGAGGGAAAACGUUUUAUAGAAGGAGUGAACAUCAACAAAGAGUUGUUUGUAUUGGGGAACGUCAUCUCCUCAUUGUGCGACGGGUCUGCGUUUGUCAACUACCGAGACAGCAAAUUGACCAGGCUGCUGCAAGACUCUCUCGGUGGCAACGCGCUGACUCUUAUGUUAGCUUGUGUCAGUCCUGCUGACAGUAACUUGGACGAAACAGUCAAUACGCUGCGGUACGCUGACCGAGCGCGAAAAAUCAAGAAUAAACCAGUCGUCAAUCAGGAUCCUCAGAAGCAGGAAAUUAACAGACUCAAGCAAACAAUUGAAGAACUCCGACUUCAAAUAGUUUCUAACCAGCCUGGCACAUCAUGCCCUCCUGAACAUUCCGAGCUGAUAGAAAAAAAUAAACUAUUUAUGGAGAAGAAUAAGAAGCUAGGAGCGAGUCUGGACAGGGCACUAAUGCAAACCACUUCGCUUUUGGAGCGUACACAGAUUGCCGAAGCAGCUCGAGACAGACUGACUGCAAUCCUUAACAAUUUCAAUGCUGCCUUCAACAACACCUUGAGUGGCAUUGACUCUUCGCUAAACGAUGAUCAGAAAACAAGCAUACAAUCACUCAAAGUACUCAUAGAUGAACUUAAAACUGAAAACGAGAAAAGUGAGACAGAAAGAAUUAAGUUUGAGGAACAGCUUUGUGCUGCGGAGACAAGUUUGAAUGAGUCAAGUCACCGAGCUGACUUGUCAGUUACAGAAGAGGAUGAUGAGGGCAGGGAAGAAUUUGUUUUGGAAUUGGCAAGGAAACAUCAUGAAAUCCAGGAACUUGAUAAAGAUCUGGCUUGGAAAGAAGCUUUGGCAGUUAAACUGGCUCAAAGUAACAGUGUUGAGGGGACUUUACUGCAAGCUACCAACGUCGAGGAUAUCAUGGAGUUGAAGACCCAGAUCAACAAUCUGUUACAUGAGAAAGAGGAACUGGAAAAGCAGCUUAAUAAUCAACGUUCUUCAUCAAUUGAUCACAAACUGGCGGAACAGAGAAGAAAGCGGGUGAAAGAGUUGGAAGAAAAAAUCUCUGCUCUCAGCAAGAAGGUUACAGAUCAGGAUAGGAUCAUCAGAAUGAAAGAGAGAAAUGAAGAAAAGAUGAAAACCCUAAGUGGCGAAAUUAUGAACCUGAAGCAGACAAAAGUAAAACUAAUAAACGAGAUGAAAUCGGAAGGUGAGAAAUAUCGUCAGUUACGAGCCUCAAGGGAACGGGAGGUCUGUAAACUGCGGCAACAGAAUCGUCAAAAGGAAACAAAGUUUGUCAAGAUGGAAAGCUACUACAUGAAGCAGCAAAACGUCUACAAGAGGAAACUGGAAGAAAGCACGGCUGUUAUCAGAAGACUGAAGGACACCCUUGCUCUUCAACAACGUAAUGCCAAAGACAAGAAGAGUUUGUUGGGCAAUGCAGAGAAGGUGAGCCAAUGGGUCAACCAGGAGUUCAGUGCGAUGGUCAAUGCAUUGGAGGCCGAACAAACUCUGGAAAACCUCAAGGAAGACAGGGCGUUGUUGUCCAAAGAGCUGAAAAGACUAAAGGAAUCAAUUUCAUCACCUGAACUCGACAAGGAAGAAAAGUGUAAAAUAUCAGAGGAAAUCAAGUCCCUGAAUGAAGACAUUGAAUUGAGAAGCACUCAAAUCCUUGACUUAACACAUAAACUUCAAAGUCUCGAUAGCUACCAAGAAAAUAAGUCCAAGACACGAUAUGAGUGUGUACAGACCAUGGCAGACGCCAAGACAGCUCUGAGAUACGUGUUUGACACAGCUCAUAGCUAUCUGUCUGAGCUACAUAAAAACAAGGCGUCAAAGGAGGCAGCCCUCCAAGAACUGAGGGACAGUUACGAAGCUCUGCAGGAACAGCUGAUGGAGAAGGAGACAAUGCUGAAGGAAGAGAUAGAAAAUAACAGUAAAAAAGAAUCCAACCUUAACGAAAAAGUAACAAUACUCCUACAGAGACUGAAAGAUAUGGAAAGAGAGAGUUUUAUUGCCAAUAACACACGUGCUCCUCUAGAAGACCUAUCUAACGUGGUAGAGGAAGAGACAGAAGAACAGAAGAGAUCCACUGUAAGUGACAAACAGCUGAUCAAACAACUUCAGCAGAGGGUGGAAGAGCUUGAGAAGCAGCAAAAAAAGAUCCCCAAGAAAGAGAAAAAGACUUCCGAAUGGAACGCUGCUAUCACCCCUGAAACAAGAAGAAAGUUUUUUGAAGAAGAGGAUGAUGAAGACCUCGACCUUGAUGAUUCGUCAAACGAUCCUGAUUGGCGAAAGACACCCGUCUAUCAUAGGUUAAAAAGCAUCAGGGAGAACAUCAAGGAUGCUCGAGGGAACGCGAAGGAGAAAGUAGCAGUGAAACGAAACAUAAAUGGGCAGCCCUGUUGUAAUUGCAAGUUAGAUUGUCAGCGGAAAUCUUGCAGCUGCAAGAAAAAUAACAGUUUGUGCACGGGGCUCUGUUCAUGUGACGACGCUAAGUGCAAAAACAAGGAACAGUAUGCAAAUAUGUCAUCAACCAUGAGUCCCAAAAAUGAUUCAACAAGCGAUGACAGCAACAUUUCAUUUAAAAAACCGAGGGAAAACACUGAAAACAGUACUAUUGUUUAAAAUCUAAAGAAAGUGACUUCAAGAGCGCUACUGAAAAGGUUGAUGCCGCUCAACUAGUUUUAAAUUCUGGAGAAUCAGUGUAAAUGUGAAUAUAAGUAAGAGAAAGACUAAUGUAUAUAAUUGUUUUUAUCUUUAGACAUAUGAUUAUUUUUAAACCCAUAUUCAAUAAUUAGUUUUACAGCCAAUUUUAAUUUUAGCCCUUGGUUGAAAUUCUCUGAUUUUGAAUAUUAUGUAAAAAAAAAUGAAUGAAGAAUUAAUUCCCCUCAAAAAUUGAUUAACAUCACCAAUGUCAAAGUACUUAUUUACAUUUGUUGUUGUUAAUGUUGUGAACUCUACAAACGUCAAAGUAUUUUUUUACAAGUUUUAUUAAUGGGUUGAACCUGUAUAUAUUUAUG